AAGAGCAGCAAACGACAAUGAAAUGGAAAGAGAGUGCAGACACAAGACCUUUGGGCUGGACUCCAGGCAUUACCUGUCUGUCUCCAAGAGACAGUUCCCCUUGGAAACAAACCAGUCCCAGGUCUUUCUGGUCUGUUGGGGGGUUGCCAUACCAACAAGGCUUGGAAAGGAGUUCAGGUAGAGCUGCACCUUCAAUCUGGACGUAGAUCUGUUUCUCUGUUACGGCUGGAAAACGUUCUCCAGGUCACCUGCGAAGAUGAACGUCAUCCUCUCCAGAGAUACGCAAGUGAAGGUCAUGGAGAAGACUGUCUCCAACGCGGAGCAAUACUUUGGCAAGUUCUGCACCCUGAUGGCCGCUUACGUCCGCAAGACGGCCAAGCUGCGCGACAAGGCAGACCUGCUGGUCAAGCAGCUCAUCGACUUCGCAAACACCGAAAACCCCGAGCUGAGGACAACCGCCAAGGCCUUUGCCGAGGACCUGGCCAAAGUGCAGGACUACCGGCAAGCAGAGGUGGAGAGACUGGAGAUGAAGGUUGUUGAACCACUGAAAGUCUAUGGGGUGCUCAUCAAGCAAACCAGGGCCGAGCUCAAGAAGUUCAACCGCGCUCGGAACAACGAAAUCAAGCAGCUGGAGAAGCUGGAGAAGAUCCGGCAGAAGUCUCCCUCCGACCGGCACAUGAUUACUCAAGCCGAAUCCCAGGUGUACCGGGCCUCGGUCGACGCAAACCGAAGCACACAACAGCUGGAAGAAACAAUCAACGAGUUCCAGAAACAGAAGCUGAAAGACAUCCAGAAGAUCUUCCUCGAUUUUGUCACCGUCGAGAUGGUUUUCCACGCCAAAGCUCUGGAAGUCUAUUCCAAUGCCUUCCAAAACCUUGAAGGGUAUGAUCUGGAGAAGGAUUUGCAGGAUUUCCGAGCAAAAACCAACACCGUUUCGGGAACUUUGCCGGUUGCAAAGCCAACAAACCCAUCAUCCACUGUCUCCUGGUCUACAGGCCCACAGAGCGUGCAAAGUGUCCUUCAGAAGUUGACUUUGGUGGAAAGCGACGAAGAAGAAGAAGAAGAGGAAGAAGAGUCGGAUGGGAGCCAGACGCAAGACUUAACCCACAUCAAAUACCCUCCCGUUCGGCAAGUGAUUGGCAGGAACCCGUGACGGACAGUGCCUUGAAUUCAACCCCAAACACAUCAUAAUAAAAAAAUUAAAAUAA